AUAUUAAAAUAUACUUUUUAAUUGAUCAAGGAGUUUUUGUUUAGACAAUUACAGCUCGUGCCUUUUCAUCGUGCAUGCUCUGCGAGUCACAUAUCGCGCACGCGACCAUCUCUAGCAUAUGCCAUGGUAUUAAAUAAAUACGUGGUUGAUUUGUUUGAUAAAUCUGACUAAAAUGUAUCAGCUGUGCAAAUCUAAUGUGAAACAGAAACAGGCCCAUAACUAACAUAAAAGGCCCAAAAUAAAAAGUUAUAGGCUAUGGAAACGGGCAAGGUGACUCAGGAACCAAAACAGAUGAAGUUCACAUAUCGUUUCGCCUUUUUCUUCAUAGCUGGCAGCUUGGCAACAUUUGUCUUCCAUGCGCUGACGUCGUCGUCGUCGGUGUCUCUGUUUGGAUGGAGGCUGCAGCUGCGUCAGUUGCAUCAUCUGCCCACUGCCCACUAUUUGCAGACGCGCGACGAGUUUGCCGUUUAUUCGGUGGAUGAGUUAAAUGCAUUUAAGGAGUUCUAUGACAAAAGUGUCAGCGAUAGCGUUGGUGCCAGCUAUACCGAGGCGGAGCAGACGAACAUUAAGGAGGCAUUGGGUGCCAUGCGUCUCGCCCUGGACAUGCAUAUAUCUGGCAAGGAUGACAAGGCAGCACGGCUGUUUGAGCACGCUCUGGCCCUAGCGCCCAAACAUCCGGAGGUGCUACUCCGUUACGGUGAAUUUCUCGAGCAUAAUCAGCGUAAUAUUGUGCUGGCGGAUCAGUACUAUUUCCAAGCCCUCAGCAUCAGUCCCAGCAAUUCGGAAGCAUUCGCCAAUCGCCAGCGUACUGCGAAUGUUGUCCAGACACUGGACGAACGUCGUCUGGUAUCGCUGGAUGAGAAACGGGAUGCCCUGUCUGCCAUCCAUGAGGCGAACGCUGCACUGCGUCGUGCCAAGAAAGAAGCCUACUUUCAGCACAUCUACCAUUCGGUGGGCAUUGAGGGCAAUACUAUGACGCUGGCACAGACACGCUCCGUGCUGGAAACCCGUAUGGCCGUCGAUGGCAAGUCGAUAGAUGAGCACAACGAAAUUCUCGGCAUGGACUUGGCCAUGAAGUACAUUAAUGCCAGUCUUGUGCAAAAGUUAGAAAUCACACUGAAGGAUAUUUUAGAGCUGCAUCGCCGCGUGCUGGGCCACGUGGAUCCCAUAGAAGGUGGUGAGUUUCGACGCACUCAGGUAUAUGUGGGCGGUCAUGUGCCGCCAGGCCCCGGAGAUUUGGCCCUGUUAAUGCAACGUUUCGAGCACUGGCUAAACUCCGAGCAAAGCAACUCCCUGCAUCCGGUCAACUAUGCGGCUCUUGCUCAUUAUAAACUGGUGCAUAUCCAUCCAUUCAUUGAUGGCAACGGUCGGACUUCGCGUCUGCUGAUGAACACGCUCCUUAUGCGAGCUGGUUAUCCGCCAGUUAUUAUACCCAAACAGCAGCGCAGUCAGUACUAUCAUUUCCUUAAGCUGGCCAAUGAGGGCGACAUUAGGCCCUUUGUGCGUUUCAUUGCCGAUUGCACGGAGAAGACACUGGACUUGUAUUUGUGGGCUACCAGCGACCUUCCCCAGCAAAUUCCAAUGCUCAUCCAAACGGAAAGCGAAGGUGGCGUAUUGGCCCAGCUGCAGUCGCACAUUGCGCAAAGCGCCCCAGAGCCAUAUGAGUCGGGUUCAGGAUUGGAUUCAGGUGUCAAUGGGAUGCCCUGACCCCCAAUGCAUAAAAUAGCCCAAUGGUUGCUCAACUUUAUUAGCAAAUUGUAUGUUGUAUAUUGUGUGGUUUAGCGGCAAUUUUGUGUAUAUUUGUAAUUUAUGUAUUUAUCAAGAAAAUCGUUUGUCAGACUGUGAUCGUAUUUAAGCUAAAAGAUUUAACCAAAUAUAAUAACAAAAUGCUUUAAUAGAGAGCAUAAUAA